AUGGAAGAAAUUGCUCCUAUGUUGGAGAAAUUCAUCCAGGAUGAUUACAUCAAUCAAGCAAUCCUGGACGCCAAAGAAGAUUGUCUACAUCAUUGCCAAAGUGAAAAUAACGCUCAUGCCUAUUACCAAUUAGGACAAUUUUAUUAUCAGGAUUGGAGUGAUAACCAACUUAGCGAUUUAAGUAAAGCAUUAAAUUAUUUCGAAAAAGCAUCACAAGGUAACCAUCCUAUUGCUAUGUAUAUGCUAUAUGUAUUACUAGGUAACCAUGAAGAAGAGGUUCAAAAAUUAUACGGUCAUCUCAGUGAACAAGAUUUAAUGUUAAAACGUGGUAAAUUAUGCUUGAAAGCAGCUUCUCAAGGUAGGCGAUCAUGCAAUGCCCAUAAAGAAAUAACCCAUACUAUUAUUCAUUCUAUCUCAUGGCGCGAGACUUAUUUGAAGAUAUUAGAAGAAUAUAAGCAAACGAUUGAAAUAGAAGAGAAAAAUCUACAAAGUGAGAACUUAGGCCAACUAUAUAAUAUGGUUGCUUAUUUAUUAUGGAUGACCAAUGAAGAACGAGAUUUACAAAUUUUUACGCAAGCCAUUAACUAUUUUAAAAAAUCGUCAUGGCAAUACCAGUAUGCUGCUGGUUAUUAUAACUUAGCCGAUUGGGCAUUAUCUGCUUAUGCUAAUAUUAUUGAUGACGAUUUCGAUGAGGAUAUUACUGAGUGCAUGAAAUUGGCCGGUGAAUUAGGCCAUCCAUUAGCCUUAUAUCAUUUAGCCAAUGAAAGUAUUAAUCCAGACAGUGAUUCCAAUCAACGCAACAUGCGAAUGAGCGAUUACUUAACGCGUUCGUCUACAAGUCUUGGCUAUGCCGAGACUUUAGUCUGUUUAGGUUGUCUACAUUUACAUGGUAUUAAUGAUGGCCAAUCGGAUUUUAAAUUAGCUAAACGCUAUUUCCGACAAGCUUGCUUAGCACCUAGUUAUGAAGAAUCGCAUUGGAUUGGUAGUCAUUGGGCCUAUCAUCAACUAGCUUAUAUCUUUGAAAAAGGUUUGGAUGAUACAAAACAAUAUUCCUUAGCCGGUAGCUUAUAUGCACAGGCUGGACUAUUGAAAAAUUAUCAUUCAUUUUGUAAAUUAGCCAAGUUAAUUGAGAAAAAGAGAUUAGAAAAUGCCAAUAUAGCCCUUGCAAUUCGAUUAUAUCAGACUGCAGCUACCUAUGAUGAAGAUACUGCAGGAUACGCUAAUUAUCGCUUAGGUAAGAUUUACCUCAACGAUGCUGAACAUGUUGAUGCUAAUAAAUCCAAGCGUUGCUUUCGGCUAGCUUAUAAAUUUUAUAAAUCGGAAAUUGAAUUAUGCGCUAAUGCUGGCCACUAUUAUCGCUUGGGUUUAAUGCAUCAUUUUGGCUAUGGCAUUGGAUUAGAUCAAACGAAAGCAAGUAAAUUAUAUCAAAAAUGUAUCUACGAAGCACGCUUAUCGCAUAAUAUUUCUAUCAGACAUUAUCGUCAAAAAGCAAUCAACAAAUUAAAUAUUCUCUUUGAUGAUGAAAAUUAUAGCCAACAAUUAGCUCAUCAAGCUCCUACGACAAUGCAAUCCAUGAUGGAAAAAGUUAGUCGUUUUGAUGAUCCAUCAUGGCAGGAAAUGUUAGGGUUAGAUCAAGCGGCUGUAUUGGAAGAAAAUCAUGCCUUGAAAAAACGCAUGUCCCAAAUUGAGGAAACACUAGAAUUGAUGAAAAAGAGGUUAACAUUAAAUAUCAGUGAUCAACAACAACUACCCAUUCAUGAGCAGACUAUUACAGAAGAACAAUUUUCGUCUCCUCAAUCUGACCAAAAUGAGAAUAAUAGCCAACAAGUCGAAGAUGACGUUUACAUAGAUGGUGUCAAGCUACGAAAAAAGAAAGCCAGUCCUUCAACUCCCGUCAAAACAAAUAAUAUACAACCAUCUCGAGGCUCUCCUAAUUUAGCCAAUGAGAAUCAACAGUUAAAGCAAGCUAAUAACAGAUUAACUCUUGAAGUUUCCGAGCUGAAAGAACAAGUUAAGAGAUUAUCAGUUAUUAUUAAUAAGGCCUCAAAAGAAACUGACUUAUAA